UUCUUGGUUUAAUCUAAUCGUCUCUCUAAAUUUCCAAAUAAAAUGGCAUUCCAAAUGAUCUGUUCUUCAAUAAUUCUUCUUAUUUUUGUCACAAUUCCUCCAUUGACAGAAGCAAUUCUUGAUCCCCAUUACUACGAUAAACCAUGCCCACAAGCUGAAAAUAUUGUCUCUCAAACAAUUCGAAAUGCUUCAACUUUUGACCCUAAAGUUCCAGCAAGAAUUCUCAGGAUGUUCUUCCAUGAUUGUUUCAUUAGAGGAUGUGAUGCAUCUGUAUUGCUGGAUUCAACACCAGAAAGCAAAGCAGAAAAAGAUGGGCCUCCAAAUAUCUCACUCAGAGCCUUUUAUGUGAUUGAUGAAGCCAAAACCAAGCUUGAAAAGGCUUGUCCUCGUACAGUUUCAUGUGCUGAUACAUUAGCCAUUGCUGCAAGAGACGUUGUCACCAUGUCUGGAGGUCCCUCUUGGGAAGUACUCAAAGGAAGAAAUGAUGGAAGAAUCUCAAGAGCAAAUGAAACCAUAAAUUUACCAGCCCCAUCGUUCAACACGUCUCAACUCAUUCAAAGUUUUUCCAAAAGAGGCCUUUCCAUUAAAGAUUUGGUUGCACUUUCUGGUGGACACACACUAGGGUUUUCCCAUUGUUCUUCCUUCGAAGCUAGACUUCACAAUUUCAGUUCAGUGCACGACACUGAUCCAAGCUUGAACGUCGAGUUUGCAGAGAGCUUGAAGAGGAAAUGCCCGGAACCAAACCAUGAUCAAAAUGCGGGACAGUUCUUGGAUUCAUCUGCAUCAACUUUUGAUAAUGGUUAUUACAAGCAAAUUCUUGCAGGGAAAGGUGUGUUUGCAUCAGAUCAAUCACUAUAUGGUGAUUUCAGGACUAGAUGGAUUGUUGAAUCGUUUGCAAGAGAUGAAAGUUUGUUCUUUAGUGAAUUUGCAGCUUCUAUGGUGAAACUUGGAAAUGUUGGAGUGAUUGAGAAUGGAGAAGUCAGAUUGAACUGCAGAGUUGUCAAUUGAUUAAUGAGAGAGGAUUCUUUGAUCUUUCCACUGAGUGAAUAUGUCUUUUGAAAAAUAGUGCUUCUAAUAAUAGCUUCUUUUUCUUGUGACCAUUUAAUUUUCAAACUAAUAAAAUUGAAAGAAAAA